AUGGGUCACCGCAUCGCCAUCGCCGAGGCAAGGCUCCGUCUGGAACACCAAAGGAGGCCACAAGGCAAGCGAGCCUCCAGGUAAGCGGACGUUGCUCUGCUGCCCUUUGAUCGCUUGUUCUUUUUUGCCUGUUCUCUAUCUGCUUCCGUGUCUGUCCUUGUUAAAAGCUAAGUGCCUCUCUGUUGAACUUCCUCUGGUGUCUUUGCUUUUUGCUGUUCUUGCCUGCUUGCUUUUUUGUCUGUUUGUUCGUGUCCAAUCUUACGGUAAGCUAAAUGCCGUUCUGUCAAAUUUUAUACUCACUGAGUGUAUUUGAGCAACCAGUUAGCCUGGAGAGGGACGAGAAAGCUCUGCUUCCCGUCUCUCUACCCUUCCCUCAUCCCUCCUCCCCCCUCUCCUUAUGCAAGAUCUACGGCGUUGUCAUAGGCAGGUCCAGGCUAACUCGGGUCGUUCUCCCGCUAAACAAAAGCCAUGGCCCAUAGUGGAGUUCGGCAGCCGUCUGGGAUAACUGAACAGCCCUAUUUAGGAAGAGCACUGCUCACCCCCGUAGGCGGGAAGGGGUUAAAAAAGUUGCCCUAAACAAAUGCUGGGAUCACGUAAUCUGAGCGCUGAAAGUGGCCGUAGACGCAAAACUCACGGUCGAAACAACCAAACCAGAAACAACACUCCCUCUUUCCUCACCACCUCCCUCAGCCCCACUCGCCAGACUGGCAGGGUGAGUCCGCUCACUCUGUCAGCCUCUGAUGUUUGUUCCCUUUUAGACAAUCCGAGGAGCAACCGACCGGGACGAAGAACGGCGCUAUUUGCACGGGAACUGGUGCGCUACAAGGUGGAAAUCGCAGCACUCAGCGAAACCCGGUUUUCCGAACAAGGCCAACUGAAGGUGAUUGCCGGCUACACAUUCUUCUGGACCGGCCAACACAAGACAGAGCGACAGGACGCGAGCUUCGCCUUUGCCAUCAGGAACGACAUCAUAUGACGACUGUCCUGUCUGCCGCAGGGCAUCAACGAUCGCCUGAUGAGCCCCCGCCCGCCUCUCCGCGGAGGCUAAUUCGCCAUCAUCGUCAGUGUCUACGCUCCACCAAUGACCAGCCAUGACGCCGCAAGGUACAAAUUAUACUAGGACCUGCACGCCCUCCUGGCGACUGUAUCGAAGGCGGACAAGUUGAUUGUCCUUGGUGACUCCACGCCCGCGUCGGCCCAGACCAUGCCUCUUGGAGAGGAGUGCUGGGUCCCCAUGGUCGCGACGGCUCCAAUGACAAUGGCCUACUCCUUCUACGAACCUGCGCAGAACACCGCCUCAUCGUGAUCAACACCUACUUCCGCCUCCCAGUGGAAGAGAAGGCCACCCGGAUGCACCCUCGGUCGCGAAGCUGGCACCUGCUGGAAUAUGCCCCUGUCCGGAGACGAGACCAGCGAGACGUGCUGGUGAAAAAGGUUACUCCGGGUGCCGAAGUGUGGGCCGUCCAUUGUCUCGUCAUCUCCAAGAUGCGGAUUCAUCUACAGCCUCGCAGGAGACCUCAAGGUAAGCGACCACCAAGUAAGCUGAAUAUUGCUUUCUUGUCUUUGCCUGCUCACCAUCUCCAUUUCAAUGACGAGCUAGCUCAACGACUAACCAAUCUUCCAGUCGCCGCUGGCGCCGCCGCCUCUGACGAGAACGCCUCCGUAGACAACCGAUGGUGCCAACUGUGGGACACAGUCCAAUCAACAACUCUUGCCACCCUCGCUCACGUACUCCGCCAACAUCAGGACUGGCUUGAUGACAACGACGCCGUCAUCAGCAGCCUGCUCGCCGAGGAGAACCGCCUGAACAAAAGCCUCCGUAAAUCGUCCCAUCGAUGA